AUGCCGCAAAAUUCAAACGGAAAGGUUUACUAUGAAGCUGACAGGAUUAUAGAUGAAAAGUUGAUUGGUGAUGAUUGGUAUUACUACAUCAAAUGGAAGGGUAUGGAUGAAAAUGGGAAACCUUGGAGUCCAACUUGGGAACCAUCAAGUUAUUGUACACCGCCGCUUAUAGCCUCAUGGGAACAGCAAAAAAGGUCCGCAAAAAGGAAAUUAAGAUCCCCUAUGGAUUCAACUUCAAAACCUUCAUCUACAACCUCAACCAUGAACACAGAAUCCAAAAAGGGGUUGUCAGGAAGUAGUAAAGAUGAUCUUCGUUCAUUAAAUUCUCCCACAAUGACCGGUGGUAACGCAAGAAUUCCCAUGGUCGUUGGUCCCCCGGAAUUGCUUCUUGGUGGUAGUUUCAAUCUUCCCAUGGUUAUUGAAGAUGUGACACCCAGGAGUUUUCCUUUGAAUAAUGGUUCAUCAUCCAGGCUCAGAUCACAAUCCUAUGGUGGCAUAUCAAUGGAAGAUUCCACAUCUAAGAAAUUGUCGGAUGAUUCUAAUUUAUCACAAUUGUCAAAAAAAUCUCGAUUUUCCCAACAUCUAAGGACAAUCAUGAUUCCAAUACCAUUGUCCCUGUUGCAACAAAAGAUAUAUCGUGCAAUAUUCAAUAAGCCUCAACUAUUUAGAGCUUUUGCUGAAGCCGACGAGUCGUUACCGUUAUCUUCGGAUUCCCUGAUUCUUACUGCAAGAGAUCAACUGCUCAUGUUAGUUGAUCAUAUUUCAUUGUUCACGCAAACUUUAAAUGAUAAUAGAAGAUUAUUUAAGAAAUGGUUGUCGGAUGUGAGCAUGACCGGAAAGCUUUUGAUGUUGAGAAGACUAUUGAUGAAACUCUCGCACAAAAACAUAAAGAUUGGAAUUGCUCUUCCUCAAGGAAAAAUGAUUGACAUCUUCAAGGAUUUCCUGGAAUUACUGGGUCAUAAUUAUCUGGAAGCUCAUGACUCAAAGUCGAAGAAUGUCAGCAGAGCUUCCGAUCUCAACCACAAUUAUGAGCGCAUGACAUGUAUAUUGUUUUCAACCAGCGCACAUAUCAACAGUUACUUGUCUUCACUAGAUCUCGUGAUUGCAUAUGACACAAGUUUUAAUCCAUCGAAUCAAUUGUGGAAUUCAAAGUCCAACGUGAACAUUCCGGUAAUUAGACUUGUGACCAAGAAUACACUUGAGCAUGCCCUUAGCUAUCAAUUGUUUUAUGAGAAAAAGGUUAUCUCUGAGUUGAAUCUUUCAGAUAUCAAAAAGAUGAUGCUUUUUGGAGUGAUAAAAAAGAAUCAAACCCUGAUUCCAGGCUGCGAGACAUCUAAAUUUGAUGUCAACGGUGUCUGCGAUAAGGUUGUUAGUUGGAUCGAGAGUGGCAUGCAUGAGGAUUUAACCUUUGGCAUGGAAACUGCGAUCGAGAAGGCUUGGGGUAAGGUCGUCCCAUCACUUGUAUCAUCGCGCGUUUCGGAAAAGAGACACUCUGAAGUUUUAGACGAUACAGGAGCUCCCAAACGAAGAAAGCAGGAGAAAGAACCGGCGCAAAUCGAAGAAGGGAGCACAUCGAAAUCUAAAAAGAUAAAAAGAACAUCUAACGAUGAUUUGGAAAAGAUUACUAAACGUGAGUCAUUAAAACCCGCGUCAAAGGCUCUCCGGGAUAAUUUGGAAAGAAAUGUAAAACACGAUCCGUCGGACGAUAUGGCUGACGGAAGAAAGGAUUCAUUAAGACCUGCAAUUGAAAAGAUCUCUGGUCAAUUACCUGGGAGUACGUCGAACAAAUAUUGGAUUUCUCCGUUUGAAGAGAAUGGAACUACGGAAAACUUGAAGCAAAAAAUUCUCGAUUUGCAAUUUAAAUCGAAAAGUCACGAAGAAACUAUUUCCGGACUUCAACAAGAGAGGGAUAGAUAUCUAGGGUUGGUAAAUGAACUUAGUGCCGAACUUUCCAGCACCAGAACGCAAUUGUUAGAAUCGCAAGCGCAGGCAAGACGGCUUAAAAGUCAGUAUGAAGCUUCAGAUAGUGAAGUAUCUCAGGAACUCACGAAUACUCAGGAGAAGUUGACGGAGGCCUUACGUACGAUCUCAAAAACAAAAAUCGAUAUGGAAGCCAAAGAAGCGGAGAAUGUCAAUAUGAAAAAAGAAGUAGAAGAAAGUAAAUCAACCAUUAGGUCGAUGAAAGUUCAGCUAAAGGUGUUGCAAGAAGAAUCCGCAGCUCUCCGUUUCCAACUUCGAACCGACUUUCCUGGAAAAUCCACCAGAAGAACCGAAACCCUGGAUGAACAGGUUAAAAUGUUGACUGCGGAGAAUAACUCCUUGCGCAUGCAAUGCGAACUUUUUCAAAAACAAUCAAAGAUGGCUGAAGAAAAUGCCACGAGGAAUAAAGAUUUAGUUAACCUCUUAUUGAAAUUCAAAGGCAAGAACCUUGAAGAUGUGGAAAAAUAUCUGGAAGAAAGACACGGUGAAAUGCAAGAUGGUGUCAAUGAGAGUGUAAUUAUUUCUGAUGAAUCUUCUAACAGGAAUCCCUCACAAGGCGAUGUGGAUCCAUUAUCAACAAAACCACUUACCAACGGUUCCUUGAAAUAUGCAUACGGUCUUGACAAAUGUAAAAACAAAUUCAGGGCUAUAGAAUAUGCAAAUGCUGAUGAGAGUCAGGAUUAUUGGAACAUUGAUAAUGGUAUUCAAUGA